CCAAGGAAUUCAACAGCAGGAGGUGACGUCAGAAUCCCGUAUUUUGCAGUUGAUAUGGAGUAGAACAUUUAACCAUGUUCCCGACUUUUGUUUUCGCAUUUUCGGUGGCUUUCCCCCCCGCAAAAUACUUUUGUUUUAACUUUGCGAGAGAGGCAUUGAGCAGUGAUGGCAUGACAAAUUCGUUUUGUUUUUCUUGAGAUUGGAAGGCUCCUAGAUCUCUCCUCGCAAACAACAGGGGAAGUGCCCCCUGUCCUUUGUCUGCUUCGGGUGUUUUUAAAGUAUUCGACAUGGACAUUUACGGAUACAAUGGUGUUUUUCUGGUCAAAAGACCGUUUAAUAAUGCAGUUUUUGAGAUUUCGAAUAUGUCAGACAUUACGAAGGCGAACCCUCAGGGAUGCGAUAACGGGGCUUUGACAAACAGAUUCGGAGUCUUGAUUCAAGGGUUGCUGGCCAUAGUUGCCUUCAGCACAUUGAUGGUGAAGAGGUUCCGUGAACCCGUAGGGAUCAGAAGACCGUGGCGGAUCUGGUUUUACGACAUGUCCAAGCAGGCCAUUGGCGCUCUCUUCAUCCACUUUGCCAAUGUGUUCCUCUCCAACCUCACAAAAAUGGACCCCUGUUCCCUGUAUUUGAUCAAUUUCCUGCUCGAUGCCACGCUAGGCAUGCUGGUCAUCUGGGCGGGGGUCAAGGUUGUCUCCAGGAUCGUGGAGUACAAGCAGUUCACACUGCUCACCUUUGGAGAAUACGGUGACCCUCCCCAGGCCGCAGCGUGGCUCGGUCAGUGUGGUGUCUACCUUCUCAUCAUGGUCCUGGAGAAGAGUGUAGUCAGCUUGGUGCUGCUCAUUCCAGGAUGGACCAAUCUGCAGUCUGUGUUGCUGGACUACAUCCCUGACCCUCAGGUGGACCUUGUGUUGGUCAUGCUCAUCGUGCCCGUCAUUGUCAAUUCCAUCAUGUUCUGGGUGGUGGACAGUCUGAUGAUGAGGAAGUACAAGAGCCUGGACGACUCCUGUGACCCCUCGACCAAGGUCGUCUCCACGGUGCCGUGGGUUACUGGCGACGAGUCACAGGUCCUGUUGCCUGUCGACACAGACGCUGAGGAGGAGGAGGAUAGUUCAACAAUGGAUCCGAGGAGGGUCCCACUCUAGCCUCCCAGUAGUGGGCAUACUACCUAGCUGGGUGGAGGUGUAGCUCUGGUAUCCAUCUCUAAAAGACCCUGACACACACGCUGACCCGCACCACACACAAACAAAUCACACACAUUAGCUUUUUUUCAUUGUACACAUCCCAAUGAUGUCUUUGAUGACUUGGCUGUUAGAGGAUGUUGAAUGUUAUAUUAACUAUGCUUUAUGAUGGAGGGGGCUAUACGCUUGGUGGGGGCUAUAAAGUGUCUCGUAAUGGAGAUGAUUAGAGAGCACAGUGAUGAUGAGAGUAAAUCUGUCCUCUCACGGGGGGAUUUUGUGAAAAGGGUGUUUGUUGAUCUCCAAAGAGCUCUUUGACAUACCGUAUCAAUUUCUAAAGAGUAGCGGUAAGGAGUCAGUACAAUCUCCUCUGUUUUCCUUCAUCAUACAGACAACUGCUGAGUUCACUCAUGUCAGUUGUCAGACUAUUGUAACUCAGCCCGAGAAGUUGGACCUUAAAGUUGGAAAUGUUUUAUCUGAGUUGGACUGUAGUGGUCUGGUCUGGAACAGUUCUUCACACUUCUCCAGAGGAUGUUUAACAAGGUGGAAAAUGGACCAGAUCAUUUUAUAUUCCUCAUGGAUGUCCAUUUGGGAUUGAUUUGGAUUUAUCCAAAUAUUUGAAUGUUUCUGAUAUGAAGUAAAGAGCUUUGUGAUUUUGAAUGUUCUAAUGUAUUUUCUUACUACUUUUGUCUAUUUGACUGUAUUCAUAUUAAUUGUGGUUAAACCCGAGAUACAAUUGUAAACGGAACACUAUUUUGGUAUGUUCAUUCUUAUCGAUAACAGCUCAAUGAUUGAGAAAUGUGAACUCUAACAUGAAAAUACAGUACUGCCAUUUUUGUUUUCAUUGAAUUAUGUUCCUGGAACCAUUUUAAUGUCUUAGUGAUAUGAAAGAUUCUGAUUGUGAGACUCAUUUCACAUGACCUCAAAUGUUUGGAACAGGUACUGUGAGGCCUGCGCCACUACACUGUUUGCAUUUAUGCUAAUUAUUCACUGUUUAAAAAAUCUAUAUAUUUUUUAUUUAGCGUUGCUCCAGUCCAUGUAUGUGUUUGUGGAAACAUCAUUUUUAAUUGUGACUGAAAUAGUUUGAAUGUUUAAUGGAUUUCCACUUGAAAGUGCCAUGUUGCCAUAAUAUAUUCAUAUAUGAUACGAGAAAAAUGUCUGUUAUUUGUCUUAACUGUUGUCACUGUUUGUAUUAUAAUAAUUUAAAGUGAAGUUGUAUAAUAACAAACACGGGUGUUGAAUUCCUUUGGUGGCUUAGGUCAGCCCGGUGGCUUAGGUCAGCCCGGUGGCCCCUGAGCUCGAUGACAGACACCUGAGCGGGACGUGGAGUAAUACACCUCUGUGACCCCCAAACUGAUGACAGGUGGGAUGAGGGGGGUGGGUUAGUUAGGGGGUGUCUGGUGUGAUCCUAAGCAGUGUCUCCACAUGAUCGGGUUCACCUGUUUGCUUUCCCAGUUAGCACCUAAACCUAAACCUAGCAUGUAAAGAGCCUGCCUUCCUGCAUUGACUAAGGCCUGGAUUCAGUCCUAAUACGAGUUGUAGACAAUGCGGCUGUUAAACGCAAUUUCCGAUUGAGCAGCGUUUUACUGUGAAUGUGAGCCCUGUGAACAUGAGGACAUUGUCUUUAAAGCCCUUGAUGGGAUUGACUCGGUAGGAUGGAGCGCAGUACUAGUUUUGGGUGUGAUUCCUGCUUGGGUCGCAUACAGCACAUACUUUAUACUGAAUGUUUGUUAACUGUUAGUUACUUUCAUAGAACUGUUUACAUUGUUAGUAUUAUGUUUCAAGUGUUCUUACAAUCUAGAGCUGUUCAGAGAAAAGUUGAUCUUUACCAAUAAAUCUUGUUUUUACACACA